AUGCGGCUGGCACAGCGCCUGGGCAGAUGCCUGUGGGGGAGCGGCCCCAUGGGUGGCGCAGUCAGCAGAGCAGUAGGCAGCAUAGUCCACAACACAGUGCGAAGUGGCAACGGCCAAAACUGCAAGAACUACCACAACCGCCAAAAUCGAUGCUACCGCCUGACCUGCAGGGGGUUGCACUCCGCGAAGAUGCAGGAAGAUGCUGAGAGCCAAAUCGCUGAGAAACUGAGAAACAUGCAGGGAGAAAGCGUGAGCCAUGCAAUCAAGAAAAGCGUUAAGAAUGGGUUCAUUAGCAAACGCAUGUUUAAUGUGUACAAUGAUCUCGUGAAGAGGCACUGCAGGGGAUUCACAUUCUCAGAUGUGGUGCUGACUCUGCAGGCGUAUGCUCUCAGCAAGGAGAGAAACUUUGAGGUUUACUCCAUUUUGUCGUACCGGGCGUUGCGCCUUCUCAGGGAGGAGGCAGAGGCGUCGAGGAAGAAAAGAGAAAACGGUGGUGAAAGAAACAGUGAACGAGGCGGUGAAGAGUACGAUGAAAACGGCGGAGGAGGGAUCUCCUAUGACCCAGAAAGACACAAGAACAUUUACAGGUACAUCCUGGCCAGCAACCAACUGAACUACUCAGACUUGGAACUGAUGCAGCUUUUCGUGGAGGAAAUCAAAAGGCACUUCCACCAUUACGACAUGAAGCGCAUUUGCAAAAUCCUACAUGCAUUGUCUAAACUGAAGAUAAAUGAUGUGGAUUUGCUCGAUGCAGCAUGCCAUCACAUUUUGCAGAACUUCGACAUGGUUAAGUGUAACCAUAUCAAUCAUCUCAUUUCAGCCUACACACCAGAGAAGAGUGGUGGCAAUCAUGAUGAACUGCUCCUCAGGUUGGUUAAAUACAUCUGCGCAAAUGUCAAGUCGAUGGACUCCAUUUCGGUGUACAACACGCUGGUGCAGAUUGGGCCCAUCCUGCGGAGGCUGUCGCGGAGUUGGUAUGGACAAACAAAGGAGGAAAUGACUGCAGAGGGGGGGAGAUCCAAUGCAAUCCGCAAAGAAGCUCCUCAGAGUGGGGAGGACGAGGAACAGAAGGAGUAUUGCCAUCUCGUAGAAGACACCCGUGGAGAGGAACCCCAAACAGACACCAACGGUAACAGCAGCGGUCCUAGCAAUAGACAGGGCAACAUUGUACACCGACUAGUGCCGCUUCUUUUCUCCAGGGUCAACACCUGCAUUGCCUUCCUCUCAUUGAAGCAACUCAUAAAACUGCUGUGCGCUUACAGAGAGCUGAACUACUUUAACUACAACUUCGUGUACAAGCGGCUGUUACUGUUUCUUCUGUCCAAGCUAAGGACUCAACAUAAGGCCCUCGCAGGAGAGUACAUAUCGAUACUUGAGUUUUUCACCUCCCUUCCGUAUGUGGAUAGCAACAUGGAAGAAAUUAUGGGCAUCAUCACGGGGAACAUUCCUAAGGUGCUCUCCUACAAUUAUGAGCACUUGUGCCGUCUGCUUCACUGUUGCAAACAACUACAGAUUUGUGACGAUGCGAUUCUCUCGAGGGUGGACUAUCUCGUUAUUAGAAACAAGCGUAACUUCGAACGGGUUAGCACCGUCGAGGAGUUGGAUAUAUUUCUUAACGUGUACAACCAGGGGUCGGGCGAAUGGGAUGAAAUACUCUCCCUCCUAAGCGCCCUCGUCGAAGUGAAAGCGCGGGAGGACCAUGCAGAGCGCAUGUCAAAUGGAAAGACAGAUGGUGAAGGCGGUUUAAUUAGCGGAGGCAACCUGGCGGAACGGGCCCCACUCGACACAGGUAACCCAGCGGAAAACGUUGUGAUCACCUACAAGUACAGCAAGAAGCACAAAUGCUUUCACGAGUACGGGAGACAGAUUUCUGUGGAAAGAGACUCCUCUGUGGAUGUUGGUUCUUCCGUGGAGGGUGCCUCCACCGGAGAAGGAGAAACCCCCCCUCUGUAUGAGUCCCAGGACGAUGAGGGCGAGGUCAGUUUUGCGUCCCCCUUCCCUUGCGAAGGCAGGGGGGUCACCGAGGGAUAG